AUGGCUCGACGAAGCUCAUUCGAUCAAGCAUCAGACGGCUUCCGGGCCCAUCUACCAGACCUCAGCAGUCCCCGCUUCACGACGGCCGCAAAGCAAAACAUCUACGAAUAUGUCCAGUCAAUGCAAGACAACCGCGCCCCGCCAUGGCUGUACGAUCUGACUAAAGUUUGGGAGAAGUUGUUGGAAGAGCCGUACAAAGGCAUCACGAAUGACGGCACUAUAAGGGAUGGUCUAUAUCAAGCACGAGACGAAGGUGUAGAUGUUGAUUGCCCGGUCAAGAAGGCGGAGAAACUACUCGCAGCUCUGGAUAGCAACCAGAAGGCGAAGAUCUCAUACCCAAUCAAUGCCAGAGAGUGGAGGGCAUGGAGUAACCCAGAGUUCUUACUGCGACCAUUCGGGCUCAGACUCGAAGAAGUGCCUGAGAAUAUCGCGCAGUCAAUACUUGCAGUGGUAGAGGCAUCUCUUUCCCCAGAAGGCUACGAAAAGGCUAUCGCGGCCAUGCGGGUGAACCAUUUCUUGGGCGAGGUUGUCAAGCUACCCAACAUCUUGAACAAGUACUCUUACAAUUUUCUGCUUUUUGGUACGCCUUCUACCUCCGCUUCCUCGCCCUGGGGAUGGCUGCUCUAUGGCCAUCAUCUCGACAUCUCCUGCUUCUACAAGGGAAAUCAAGUUAUCAUGAGUCCGUCGUUCACAGGUGCCGAGCCCAACAUCAUCGAUGACGGAGAAUGGAAGGGUACCAAGAUAUUACACAAAGAAGGCAGUCUGGGUUGGAAGCUGAUGCAGAGUCUCAGCCACGAGCAACAACAAAAGGCACAGAUCUUCAAGAAGAUGAGAGAUGAAGGCAUGAAGCAAGUCUACGGCAACUCCAACAAUGACGAGACUAAGCGAGACGAGCUCAUUACCGAUACGUGGGGUCCAGAUGACCAGCGCCAUCGAUGUGGUGCCUUCCGCGACAACCGCAUCGUACCCUAUGAGGGCGUUCUGGUCUCUUCUCUCGACUCGUCACAGCAAGAACUAGUCCUCGCCAUAUGUGAAGAGUUCCUGCUAUACCAUCCCACGAAGGCGCGCCAACAUAAGCUUGAUCAGAUCAGACAACACUUGAGCGAGACCUACUUUUGCUGGAUCGGAGGUUUCGGCGAAGACGACGCGUUCUACUUCCGUGUCCAGAGCCCGGUUAUCUUGGUCGAAUUUGACCACCACUCUGGUGUCUUCCUGACGAACAAGGAGCCAGCGAAGUACCACACACACACUAUUGUGAGGACACCGAAUGCGGGAGAUUACGGACAGGCUAUUAGAGAAGGAAAUGAAAAGUUAGAGUGA